AUCCCACCUCUCUCUCUCUCUCUCUCUCUCUCUCUCUCUCUCAGGAGCAUCGGGAUUAGGUUUUUAGUGUUGAUUUUGACGAAAUGUUGGCGAAUUCUGGUUCUUUACGUUGGAUCUGCUUCUGAUUGUGCUGAAUUUCUCGGAAUUUAGGCGUUUUCGAUCGAAAGGUGUCGCCUUUUUUGGGUUCCGAUUCGGGUUGGUUGGUUGAUUUGGUGGAUUAGUGCCUUGUUUUGUGAGGGAGAGGAGGGUGCCAGAGGUUGAAGAUGAAUGUGAGGAAGAAUGCGGGCCGGGCUUCUUCGUUCUUGCUGGUGCUCAUUGCGCUCGGGUCGUUCUUUGCGACCUACAACUUCCUCACGAUGAUGACGCGCAACAAGAGUGGAGAGCCGGGGCGGGACGCGGCGGACGGCGCGAUUGGAGAUCCGAUAAUUCAGAUGCCUGAGGAGUUGAAGAGGUCGGUGGGGCCCAAGCGGCCGUUCCAUGUGGCCCUCACGGCGACCGACGCACCGUAUAGCAAGUGGCAGUGUCGGAUCAUGUAUUAUUGGUAUAAGCAGAUGAAGGAUAGGGAGGGGUCGGAGAUGGGCGGGUUCACGAGGGUGCUGCAUUCGGGAAGCCCCGACAACCUCAUGGAUGAGAUCCCUACAUUCGUGGUGGAUCCCCUCCCGAAGGGAAUGGAUCGGGGUUACAUUGUAUUAAAUAGGCCUUAUGCCUUUGUGCAAUGGCUUGAAAAAGCAAAGAUCGAGGAGGACUACAUACUAAUGGCGGAACCGGAUCAUGUAUUUGUUAGACCUUUACCAAAUUUGGCUCGUGAAAAGGAGCCAGCAGCGUUUCCGUUUUUCUAUAUUAAACCGUCUGAAAAUGAAAAGAUUGUUCGGAAGUUCUACCCAGAAGAGAAGGGCCCUGUCACAAAUGUUGAUCCCAUUGGAAAUUCUCCUGUAAUUAUUAAGAAGUCUCUGUUGGAGAAGAUUGCUCCUACUUGGAUGAAUGUCUCAUUGAGAAUGAAAGAGGACCAAGAGACCGACAAAGCUUUUGGUUGGGUGCUAGAGAUGUAUGCUUAUGCUAUCGCCAGUGCAUUGCAUGGUGUGCAACAUAUUCUGCGGAAAGAUUUUAUGAUACAGCCCCCUUGGGAUUUAAAACUAGGGAAGACGUUUAUCAUCCACUAUACUUACGGGUGUGACUACUCAAUGAAGGGUGAACUUACUUAUGGAAAAUUUGGAGAGUGGCGAUUUGACAAAAGAUCAUUCCUUCAUGGACCACCGCCAAGGAAUCUCUCAUUGCCUCCUCCAGGAGUCCCUGAAAGUGUGGUUACUCUAGUGAAAAUGGUGAACGAGGCUACUGCUAACAUUCCAGGAUGGGAUGACGGAAGAUAGUUGCUAAACCAUCUCUUGUUUCUCCUUACUCGAAUACAUAAUCGACAAAAGCGUAAAGAUACACACAGAAAAAAGGAAUCUCUUGCUCUUUUCGGCUAUAGAAGAUGAAGGAUAUUUGCUCCUUCCAAAGGGAACAUAACUUUUGAGGAUGUAGAAGCAGCACUGCAUUUUGAGGUGUAUUUAAGGAAUUGGCCUCUUCAAAUGAGGCUUCUGAAUUAGGUUUAUUCCUCUUUUUAGGCAUUUAGUACUUAAAUUGAGUCAUAAUGGAGUAGCUCUCUUGAUGCAUAUAUAAAUGUAGCUGGACUAUUUAUAUUGGAAACUAAGAAUUUUGCGCUGUGUACCAUGGACUCGAAUUCUGUAAAGUGUCUCUCUCAUUUUAGCUGGAUAAAUUUGAGUUUCCUACAUAAAUAUCUAUAAUUAUCUCUGUUUAAAA